GUCGUACAGUGUCUGAGGACUGCCAGGGGGAGAUGUUGGAGUACCGUAGGAUGCUGAUAGAGGAUUUCUCUCUGAGUCCAGAAAUAGUGCUCCACUGUAGAGGGGAGAUCGAGACCCACUGCUCCGGACUCCACAGGAAAGGACGUACCCUCCACUGUCUGAUGAGGGUGGGCCGGGGGGACAAGGGAAGCACAGUGGACGGACUCUGUCAGAGCGCGCUCCAGACCUUGAUCCAGUCAGCUGAUCCUGGAUCAGACUACAGGAUAGACCGGGCCCUGAACGAAGCCUGCGAGUCUGUUAUCCAGACGGCCUGCAAACACAUCCACAGCGGGGACCCCAUGAUCCUGUCUUGCCUGAUGGAGCACCUGUAUACAGAGAAGAUGAUGGAGGACUGUGAACGCAGACUACUGGAGCUGCAGUACUUCAUCUCUAGAGACUGGAAACUGGACCCCAUCCUGUAUAAGAAGUGCCAGGGUGACGCUGCCCGGCUGUGCCACACUCACGGCUGGAAUGAGACCAGCGAGCUGAUGCCACCUGGUGCCGUGUUCUCGUGUCUCUAUCGCCAUGCCUACCGCACCGAGGAGCAGGGACGACGGCUGUCUCGUGACUGUAAGGUAGAGGUACAGAGGAUCCUCCACCAGAGGGCGCUAGAUGUGAAACUAGACCCUGAUCUCCAGAAGCGCUGUUUGACUGACCUGGGGAAGUGGUGUAGUGACAAGACUGGCACAGGACAGGAGUUGGAGUGUCUGCAGGACCACCUGGAAGACCUGCUGUCAGGGUGUGGAGAGGUGGUCGGCAACCUGACAGAGCUGCAGUCUGAGGACAUUCAUAUUGAGGCCCUGCUGAUCCGGGCCUGUCAGCCUGUCAUCCAGUCUCACUGCCAUGAUGUAUCUGAUAACCAGGUGGAUACAGGGGAUGUGAUGGAGUGUCUGGUUCAGAACAAACACCAGAAGGAGAUGAACAGCAAGUGUACCGUGGGAGUGACACACUUCCAGCUGAUCCAGAUGAAGGACUUUCGUUUCUCCUACAAGUUCAAGAUGGCGUGUAAAGAGGACGUGCUCAAGCUCUGCCCCAACAUCAAGAAGAAGGUGGAUGUAGUGAUCUGUCUCAGUACUACAGUGAGGAAUGACACUCUGCAGGACGUCAAGGAGCAGCGUGUCUCUCUCAAUUGUCGCAAACAACUCAGAGUACAGGAGCUGGAGAUGUCAGAGGACAUUCGUCUGGAACCGGAGCUGUAUGACGUGUGUAAGACGGACAUCGGGCGUCUCUGCUCCAACGUGGUGUUCGGUAAUGCUCAGAUGAUGGAGUGUUUAAAGGAGAGGAAGAAGCAGCUGUCUCAGCAGUGUCACCAGAGGGUGUUUAAACUACAGGAGGGAGAGAUGCUGGAUCCAGAACUGGACUACCAGCUCAUGAGGGUCUGCAAGCAGAUGACUAAGCGGUUCUGUACAGAUGUGGAUGCUAAGAACAUGCUGCAGUGUCUGAAACAGAACAAGAACUCUGAACUGAUGGAUCCCAAGUGUAAACAGAUGAUCACCAAGAGACAGAUCACACAGAACACAGACUACAGGUUGAACCCAAUAUUGAGAAAGGCCUGUAAGGCAGACAUCCCUAAAUUCUGUCAGCCAAUCCUGAACAAGGCCAGUGAUGACAGUGAACUGGAGGGCCAGGUGAUUGGUUGCCUGAAGCUGAAAUACGCCGACCAGCGUCUGUCUCCAGACUGUGAGGACCAGAUCAGAGUGAUUCUGCAGGAGUCGGCGCUGGACUACAGACUGGACCCCCAGCUACAGAUCCACUGUGUUGAGGAGAUCCCCGGUCUGUGUGCGGAGGAGGCAGUGGCCCAGGAGCAGACAGGUCAGGUGGAGGAGUGUCUAAAGGCCAACCUGUUGAAGAUCAAACAUGACUUGUGUAAGAAGGAGGUGCUGAACAUGUUGAAGGAGAGCAAGGCAGACGUCUUCGUUGAUCCUGUCCUCCACACGGCCUGUGCCCUUGACCUCAAACACCAGUGUGCUGCUGUCACGCCGGGCAGAGGACGCCGUGAGUCCCGCCCACCUGUCUGUUCACAGCCAAUGACAUGAGUCCCGCCCACCUGUCUGUUCACAGCCAAUGACAUGAGUCCCGCCCACCUGUCUGUUCACAGCCAAUGACAUGAGUCCCGCCCACCUGUCUGUUCACAGCCAAUGACAU